AUGCCGAAGUUUCCUUAUUAUCUCAGGACGAUUACAUUGUCGGUCGAUAUUGACAAAACAGCCCAUCAACUCAUAUCACUUUUAGAGAAAGUAUGCAAAUAUCAAGAUAAAUGGUAUCAACCUGCUAUAUUGAAGCAAAUGAUAACAAGAUAUUAUCGAUUUAUGCAAUUAAAGGCCAUUUAUUUUCCCAAUGUUUUGCUGAUUCCUACGCUUGAUAUUGAAAUCAUUUGGCAAACACAUUUACUUCGACCGGAAAUGUAUCGAGCGGAUUGUCUACGUUUAUUUCGUCAGGUGGUCGAUCAUUCAUUGUUGGCAACAGAUAUUGAACAAUUUUUAAAAGAACAAGCAUUUAUAGAGACAUGCCAUUUUUAUGAAGAACGAUUUGGUGAAAAAUAUUGUCAAUUGCCAUCAAAUAAACAUGGUCGGAAGUCAACCUCGAAUGAUUCAGAUGAUGAGGACGAGUUAAACAAUCAGUCCAAAAACGCUUAUUCGUAUUGGGAUGAAACAUUUUUCGAAUUUUCAUCGAAUCCACCAAAACAAUAUGAAAAUCCUUUUUCAUUUACUGAAGCCGAAAUCAUUCUUGAUGGCCAUUGGCUUGAUUUAUGUAAAACAUUUAUGUAUGAUUCAGUGCAACAAGUUCGUAUUUCUGGCUACUAUGACAGAUCACGCGACUUUAUUGAUCUUGAAACUGGACCUAUGAAACGUUUAAAAAAAUCUUACGAACGAUUUUUAUAUAUGUCAGCGAAGCAUCCUUUGAAAGAUAGCAAGGAUUUUGUGCCACCGACAUAUGCGAUAGACAUCAUGUGGCAUGCGCAUAUGCAAGAACCGUUGAAAUAUGAAGCUGAUUGUCUUCGAUUUGUUGGCUAUGUUAUUCAUCAUUCGCCAUGGCCGAUCAUUGAUGACAAAAAAAUGAAGAAAAAGAGCAACAGAACGGAUGAAAUGUGGAAAGAAGAAUUUCAAAGUGAAAUUUCAACCGAUCAUCUCUAUAAUACUAUUAAAGAACCAUUUGAUUGGGAAAAUUGA